UCGCGAAUGAUGCGCCAGCGCUCACUCUCGAGUUCGCUGGGCGCCGCCGCCUCGACCGCCUCGACCCACACACACCGCGAUGCCCACAUCCAAGCCGGUGCCCCUGACUGCAAAUGUAUCGCAUCACAUGUUUCGCCUAAUCCAUCCACUGAUCGGGCUGUCGGGCGUCGUGGACUGGCGCAUGGCGUACCUCGUGACCAAGAACCCGGCGAUCCCACAUCAAGCGCACCACGUAUCGUCCAACGUCCUCGAGGGCUUUGCCAGCGUCAUGUGGGGCAUCGGCGGCGUCCUCCAGUACGAAAAGGAAGUGCCCAAGUUUAAUCGAACGAGCGCGCACACAGUCGUUGGGCUCGUCACCCACCAUCGCCUCGACAAAGCGUUCCAGACGAGCCGGCGGUGCUACAUGGCGUCCUAUGCCGGUCUUGUCGGCCUCACCAUGCACCACGCCGCUUUUGGCGCGAUGGCAUAUCGCCGCCACGACAGCAAGCGAACGGCGGCGCAUGUCGCUGCAGGCACAAGUACUGCAUGCUACGCGUACUUGUGGCACUCGAUCUUUUUGGGGGCAAAGGUGCAGCGCAUGGGCAUCUCGCACUUUACAGCCGCCGCCACCAUGCUGACGGUGUGGCUGACCGAGUCAGAUCAGCUGCUCAAGCAGUUCUGGUAAAGCAAGCCCAGCCACUCGCGUGGCCAGCGCGUUGUAGUUGUGCGUGUGCCCGAUGAAAGUAGGUAGCAUGCGAUUCCAAUAAAAGCGGAUGGGUCGCUCCACGGAUGUGUGAAGCGACCCGUAUUGUAUCGAA